AUGUCGCAGCAAAUAGUGCUUACCCGGCUCGUCCGGCGUAGGCUCGUCGCGGCCCUCGAGGCUAGGCCGUCGGCUUUGAGGCCUGCGCAGAGGAGGUGGAUGACGAGGGCGCCCAAGCCUGGUGAUGGGCCGUUGAUGUCAAGACGGGCGGAUCGAGAGCUCCCAGACAUCACCGAAGUGAGCUUCCGCUGGCGCCGCACGCUCCCCAUCUUCAUCGCCAUCGUGGCCACCUGCUCCGUCGCCAUCUUCAACUACCAAAAGAUGUCGUCGCCCGUGGUGUCUUCGACGCUGUACGCCCUGCGCACGUCGCCCGAGGCCCGCGCCCUGCUGGGCGACGAGGUCUACUUCAAGCACCAGAUCCCCUGGAUCCACGGCGAGAUGAACCAGCUGCACGGCCGCAUCGACAUUUGGUUCUCGGUCCGCGGCACAAAGGGCGUCGGUGUCAUGCGCUUCGCGAGCAACAGGCCUACCAGCAAGGGCUUCUUCAAUACCACCGAGUGGAGCCUUACCAUGGAGGAUGGCACGAGGCUUGAUCUGCUGGAUAACGGUGAUCCUUUCAAGGGGUUGUUGGGUGGUGCUGCGGAAGAAUUGCCGGCGUUGGAGGAGGAUGCUCCCACGAGAGGCUUCCGCAAGCAGGUCGAGUACAAGUGA